AUGGGGAAGCCCAAGGCCCGGCCGGGAAUCAAGGAGGCGGGCAAAGGGAAGAGUGCAGCUACUCGACCAGUAUCCAAGUCAGGCGCUUAUCCAUUCAGUGUAGCACGGGCGCGGCUGCCGGCACAAUGUCGUGGGGGGCCUAUGCCUCUUCAGGUGCGGAAGCUGCAGGGGGGUCCGGGCCCACAGGAGAGGGAGGCAAGGACCGAACGGGUGGUGGAUGCUGCCGUGGCUGCUGGUGUUGAAGGUGCGGCACCAAUGUUGGCGUCCGCGAGGGCUGCGACGGAAGGGGAGCCUGCAUCCGCGCCUGCCGCUGCCGCUGGCGCCGGCUUAACCAUGCCCUCUGCCAGCUGGCUGGCUGGCCCUCAUUUGGCUGAAGAAGGGGGCCACGCUGUGGAGGAGGCGGAGGCGGUUGGGGAGCAGGUACAUACGGAGGAGGCGGAGGUGGCUGCGUCGCCGUCACCGGUACCAGCGUUUGUGAUUGCUGAGGUGGUGACGGCCGCGGCGAGGCAAGGGACUGGAGAGCCAAGCGCAAGGGAUUCUGCGGGUGUCGUUGUGUCCGCCAGAAGGACUUUUGGUGACAAGGUCGGAGACAGGCAGGCACGCAGCCAGACGGUGCGUUCCAGGGCCGGCCCUGCCUCUGCCGCCCCUAGGAAAUCUGGGAAGAAGUUUCGCGCCCAGCAAGCGCCGAGGCGGCUGGGAUCAGGGCUGGGACCUGCUGCCCCAGGACCCCUCCUAGGCUGGCUUCGGCAAGGGCAACCGUAA